AUGGUGAAACCUACAUAAAAAUCUAAUACUUAUUUCAAAAAUAUAAAAAUAAUUAGUUUCUUUAAGAUAAUUAGAAGUGUUAUUUAUCGGCUUUUAGUCAUUUCUCACUUGAUGUUAGCGAAGGUCUUUUAGUAAUUAUGGACUUACAAGGAUGUAAUAAUAUUCUUACUGACCCGUCAAUUCAAACCGAUUCUAAUUGGGAAUCUAUUUUAGAUAAGGAUACUACAAAUAGAA